UUUUCCUCGGCUCACGCGAGGCGAAAGGUUCCCUCUCAAUAUUUAAUAUGACACAUUAAUACUCCAAGUUAUCAGUGAAAUUAACAACAAGUUUCGUCUGUGGAUUACUCGCUGAUACUCGCUUAUCGCUUAAUUAAAAGGAAAACGCAACAGGCAUCAUGUCGAGGAACGGCAGCAUAAAGGAUGGAGAAAAGAGCCCGUAUGACCCUGUGGCAACGAGUGAAAACGCUGAUGGGGGUGAUGAAAUCAAACUGGAGGCAAAAAUGUCACUUAUAAACGGAGUUACAGUGAUUGUUGGAUCGAUUAUCGGUUCUGGUAUUUUUGUCAGCCCUACAGGGGUCCUCAAGCACACAGGAAGUGUCAAUGUGGCACUCAUGGUCUGGACAGCAUCAGGAAUAUUUUCCAUGGUUGGCGCCUACUGCUACGCAGAGUUGGGAUGCAUGAUAAAAAAAUCAGGAGCCGAUUAUGCGUACAUAAUGGAGACAUUCGGUCCCUUUGCAGCCUUCAUAAGACUCUGGGUGGAGUGCAUGAUAGUGAGACCCUGCAGUCAGGCAAUAGUAGCCUUGACGUUCAGCAUUUACGUCCUGAAGCCGUUCUUCCCUGAGUGUACACCACCGGAUGACGCCGCCCGGCUCCUCGCCGUCGUCUGCAUAUGUACGUUGGCGUUCGUCAACUGCUGGGAUGUCAAGUGGGCUACCAGGGUCCAGGAUGUCUUCACCUAUGCUAAAUUAUUAGCCCUCUUCGUCAUCAUUGUUGCUGGGGGUUAUCAGUUAAGCAGAGGACGAGUUGAACACUUUACAUUCGAGGGUACAAAUACCGAAGUGACAUCCAUCGCUCUGAGUUUCUACUCGGGUCUGUUUGCCUACAACGGCUGGAAUUACCUCAAUUUUAUCAUUGAAGAGCUCAAGGACCCAGUCAGAAAUUUGCCAAAGGCCAUCGCCAUAUCCUGCACCCUCGUAACAGUCGUUUACGUCCUGACUAACGUCGCAUUUUACACAACUCUGAGCAUUAAAGACGUAUUAGCAAGCGAAGCAGUCGCUGUGACCUUCGCAAAUCGUCUGUUUGGCUUUAUGGCUUGGACGAUUCCGGUGUUCGUCGCGCUCUCGACUUUUGGGGCUGUCAAUGGAAUUCUACUGACAUCGUCCAGACUUUUCUACGCUGGUGCUUGCGAGGGACAAAUGCCAGAGAUACUUACCAUGAUUCAGGUGUCCAGGCUCACUCCUGCACCAGCUGUUCUCUGCAUGGCACUCCUGUCGAUGCUCUAUCUGACUUCCUCGGACAUAAAUGCUCUCAUAAAUUACGUCGGGUUCGCUACCUGGCUGAGUAUAGGUGUGUCUGUGCUGUGUGUACCCUGGCUGAGAUGGGCACAGCCAAAUCUUCCCAGACCAAUCAAGGUCAAUCUUGCAUUCCCGAUAUUCUAUAUCCUUGCGACACUUUUUGUUACACUCGUGCCGAUGUAUGCGAGUCCUGUUGAAACUGGAUAUGGCUGUCUCAUGAUAUUCUCCGCUGUUCCAGUUUACUUUGCCUUCAUUGCGUGGAAAAAUAAACCAAAAUUCUUCGUCAAGGGCGUCGUAAAAACCACGAGGUUGUUGCAAAAGCUCAUGGUAGUAGUCGGUAAGGCGAAACCCGCUCAGGUGUAAACGGCCUAAGGAAGAACAAGAAAAAUCAUUAAAACUCAUUACCGGACCUAUACUGGACGGCGGAUAUUGAUGUAGUGACUCGAGAGCUGUGAAAUACUAUAUUUUUUUAUUUAUCAUUGAUAAAUAUCGAGAACGUGAAAAAUCGUGGCCGUCCGACAGCAAGAGGCAGCCAUUGAUUGACGGAGGACGUGCCAGUCUCAUUCAUCAUUAUUUAAUUCUAUACUAUUGGGACAUUCUCAUUUAGGGAAACGAUGGGUUCACUCGAUCAUUCCACCGCCGUCCAACAAUAAAUAUCCAACGAGGAGUUACAAAAUUGUAAACGCAACUGCCAGAAAUAUCAAGUCAUUAUUUCAUGAUUUAGUCUCAUUAAUUUCCACUUAAGGUAUUUUAGUAAUUUUAGAAUGGAAAUUCACACAUCACCACAUAUCCGUAGGUCUAAUUCGAGAAUUUUCCAAUUGGGGUUUUGCGAGCUUUCGCAUUCUCGUGACAUCGAUUACUGGUAUUUUUUUUUCUCCUCAUGUCGGUUGUUUAAAUAUUAUUUUAUCAUUCAAUUGAUAGCUCGUUUAAACCUCUCAAGCAUGAACAUUUUUUUAUUUCAUUUAUUUUUUAAUCUUAAUUUAGACUAUACCCGUAACAUCAAUUUCUUUUCAAAGUUUUAAACUUUUUUAAAAAUCGACAAGUGUUUCCCAUCUGGAGAUUAUGAUUUGUAGAUUUAUUUCGAUCGUUUUAAAAUAAAAAAACUCAUUUUUUGAAUAAAUUAAAUGAGGAAAAAAAUUGCGGAAUCCGUAGAUUUGAUAAAAAAGGGUAAUUCUCAUUAAAAAUUUUCAAUGAGAUAUUUAUCUCGAAAACUAUUAAUUUCACGUGGAAACGUUGAAGGCCUUUUUGUGGUUGAUUCUGCAAACAGUCAUUUACUUGAAAAGUAUUUAUCCUUUCGAUACCGUAUUUUUCCAUUCGCGCCAUUUCCACGGAAUCCCCAUUGGGUUUCAAUUGUAACAAUUAUAUUUCUUUAGAAGGUGAUCCUGUCAGUUAUAACCUUGACUGAACUCUCUCAAUAAUUAUUAACAUUAAAAAAUGAAUCGACAUUCUUCUCUCAAGAAAAUACUCAUUUAUAAAAAACGAAUAAUCCUUGGAAUUCAUCCAAGGUAAAAUCCAACAAAAUUUUCCUCUAGAGCCCCAUGAUUAUCAUAAUUGAAACCUAAUUAGGAUCGCCUGUGACUCGAUUGAACAAAUACGGAUUUAAAAAAAUAUAUAUCUCUCGCAGGUAAACGAAUAUCUGGCAUAAUUUUUAAAAUUUUUCUUUAUAAUUUGAAUGAAAAAACUCAAGCAAAACCCCAACAAUUGCUUAGAGUUUAUACAGGGUAUUCUUUUGAAUGAGUCGAUCAUGCAAAUUUUGUAAAGAUUUCUUAAGUAACUGAUUAAUUGAAACCGUAUGCAUCACUCAUUAACCGCAUUAGCGCACGCAACGAGACAAUAAAGCAUCGACUGAUUAAUUGAAAAGACCACAUCUAGAGAAGAAUGAAACCACAAACUAAUAAAGUCGCACUUAGAUCCAACAGGCAUUUUUGUAUGUUAAUUUUUUUAUUACGCUCGCAAAUAAUUUCAGUCGCUAAGUAAUAAAAGAAGACAAAUUAAUUUAGCUCUCCGAUUUUUCUUGAAUAUCUCCCAACCCGAGGGAGAUAGCGAAAUUUUCGUAAUAACUUUUUCUUCGCAACUCAAUUCGCUCUACAGAAAAGGUUUGAUGAAAAAUUUCAUCAUCUCCCUUAGCUCCGGAGAUAUUUUCAAAAAACUCACAGAAGAGUUAAGUUAUCUCCUUUCACAACUUCGUUACUGAAUUUAUUAAAGUAUACUUGAUGACGCGUGUACUAGAAUCUUGCAUUUAUAUUUUCGCUUGUAAUGAUUUGGGUAAAGCUGAAUUUGAUAGCUUAGGAUCUGAACGGAGGAAAUAAAACGUUGAUGUUACCAAAAUUAUUGGACGUUAACUAUUAAGAGCAAUGAAGAAUUUUGAAAAAAAAAAUAUAUACUGUGACAAUAUAAUUAUAUUAUACAUGUUUAAAAGUCAUGUAAAUACGCGAUGAGGAGUAUAAUCACUACCUCAUUGUCUGAGUUGCCUUUCGGUCGUUGAGACGUGGAGAACCGAAGGCCAGUGAAUUUCAUUGGAAUUGCUUCUGAGAAGUAUGAGGAGUUUAUUGAUACCUCCAGGAAGGCGGGAAAAUUCAUAGGACAUUUGAUGUCAACAAGUAAAAUUAGUGUUUUCAAUGAUAUAUAAAAAAAAACACGAAGACACAACCGCAGUCUUCCAUAUUCGAGAGAUCUUAAGAAUAUUCCAACGAUCGAUUGCUGUGGGCCAUGAAAAUUCAACUCGUAAUUACCUGAACUUGAGAUCAUUGUUGAAAUUACAUCAAUAUUAUAUUUAUGAAAUAAAUCGAUUUUUCCUCUGA